GCUGACGUCUUCCUGAAGCACAAAUGGACGGAUACAGUCAUACGGUUGCUUUGAUACUCAUCUCAUCUUAGACCCGGGGAUCACGAAUCACCAAGCUAAUGAUUCUUAAGUGAAAAAAACACCUUUCCUCUAUUGAUUAUCAAUGACAUCAACCAUGAAAAUGUACAUCCAGCAUUCUGGUGUAGGCCAGGGCAAUAUAGCAUUACGGAGUUUUCCACCGUAGCUGAAACUUGACUGAAACUCUGUUUUUUUUAUCUCGAUGGCGAUCCUGCAUAAGUCCAUUCUUCUGAUUGUUGUAGAUCUUUGUAAUGCCUCCCAGGCCCUCCCUGGAGGCUGGAGAUCAAUAGAUUGCCGCCUGUGGAUGGAUACUUGCCAUGAAUCAGUUCGUCAAAACUUAUGGCGCAACGGCGGCAAUCCUCUCUCAGCAAACGCCUACCCUGAAGAAGAUCAAGGCGUUUUAUCACCUCCCGAAACAAGCGCGUUCUUUCUUCUCCAUAAUCAUCUUCAACACACAGCUCCUGCGCUUCUUUACAUCUUAACAUUGACGAUGGCCCGCGAAAGGGCUCCGGUUAUACGAGGAAAAUACGUCUGCGAUUACCAUCUCGGCGUGGUAUCGAUCUAUGCCGACAAAGCAGAUCGGAACGGCUAUGUACUCGAUAGCCGAACCCGAGGCCCCAACACAUAGUGGGUAUGGCGGUGGCGCAGGGGUGAUAAUUAAGGGAAGGCGUUGAUA